AGACCUAAGCCCCAAUUCAUUGAAUAGUGAGUUCCGUAACGUUAUUCAAUAUUAAACAGGGAACCAUCAUUCCAAACACAAACCCAACACUGAAACAACUUCACCGUCCCGCUCAACAUGUCUCGCUACUACCGCGAACCCAUGACCGAGCACAUGGUCACGCACAAGCACGACCUGCGCGACGGGUCCAUGAACGAGCCGUCCGGCGGCGAGACGGCCGAGCAGCGCAAGCAAAACACGCCCAAGAAACCUGUCGAAGAAGCAUUUCGUCCGUCGCACGUCCUGGGCGGCGAGAAGAAUGCGCCUGCGCCCUCGUCGGGGGCGGCAGCAGACCUUGAUGGAGCCGGGGAGGGGAGAACGCAGGAGGGGUUGAGGAGGAGCGGGAAUACGAGUGAAGGGAUUGGAGGGCUGGAGGGUAUGGAGAGUAAAAUGAGUGGUUGAUUCCGUUGUUCAUUAAAUCUAUUCGUAUUAUCACCUUGAAAUCUUCAUUCAAGUAUCA